UGUUUCUUCUGUUCUGCCGUCAGUCUCGAUCGUAUAUAGACACCAUUUCUUUCCCCCUUCUCUUUCCUUUUCUCUCUCUCUCUCACACACACAAGCAAGAGAGUUUGAUGGAGGACGCCUGUGAAACUCAGCUUUCUCUUGCACUAGCUACGCCUUCAAGGCCUUCAGCGCACUGCCACCGUCGACUGCAACCUCGCGCUUCUCCGAAGAGCUUGGAAGGCGGAAGGCGGCCUGUCAUAUGCGACGAGGAGGAAGACAGCGAUGCGAGGAAGAAAAUUAGACUUACCAGAGAGCAAUCCGCCAUGUUGGAGAUCAGGUUCAGGUGCCAAAGUAAUCUCACUCCAAAGCAGAAACAAGCGUUGGCUAAGCAAUUGAAUCUCCAGCCGCGGCAAGUGGAAGUAUGGUUCCAGAACAGGAGAGCCAGGAAAAAGCUAAAGCAGACGGAGAUGGACUGUGAAUUCCUGAAGAGGUGUUACGAGGUGCUGAGCAAAGAGAACCAGAUGCUGCAGAAGGAGUUGCAGGAGAUGAAAGCUCUGAAGCCCACGCAAUUCCCGGCGGCCGGUCUCUCAAUCUGCCCGACGUGUGGGAAGAUCGCCGGAGGCGAUGAUGAUGCAGCUGCUCCGGCGACUCCAAAGACCGAUCACUUCAGGAACCCCUUUUCGCAUUCGGAAGCGCGUUGAUCGGCAAUUGGUCUGAGAGUCUCGAUCGAUCGAUCCAAGUGUUAGUCAAGAACCCACACCUCUGCUAUUUUUUUUCAAGGGCUUGGGAGUCAUCUUUCAACUCAUUGAAUUUUGGUAAGCCAUGUCCAUCGUGUUCUACUUAGCCUUUCUGUAAUUUGUCGCAAUUGUAGCAAAGAAGGUUUGUGGAUCUAUUAAUUAAGUGUUUUUCC